AACCAGUCUAUUGUCAGUUUCAUAUAGUCUCAUGUACGAGCAAAAUGGCGAAGUGUCCGUUAUAGGCGGACUUUUGUUCAGGGAGUUGGCAUUCCACAUGCUGCGUAGAAAUUGUUGUACAGUAAGAAAGUCGGAAGCAUGGAAUUGUUCCGUACCGACACGCAUUUCAUUUUUGUGAAAGAGAGGCACAGCCUAUGGUGUGACAAGUACACCGGAGAGUUUUCCGCUAAAUCGGAUUGGGAAUGGGCAUCUCCAAAAGAUUUGGAAUGUCUUGGAAUAUUUUAUGGAAUUGUAGGGAAAAUAGAACAACCAUGCGUAUUGGAACCUCGUUUAAUGUUGAUCAAAGAAGUUUCACCAGCUGGAGAGUUAUAUGGAGGUCAUAUUAUAUAUAAGGUCAAAUCAAUUGCAUUUUUGCAUCUUGGCAGUGAAAAUAAUGAUAUUGGACUUCUGCCAUGUAAGAAGCAUCAGAAUUUGCCAAAGAAAAAAAGUCAAGGUGGCCUGUUUGAUGUGCCACAGAAGGCAGCCUUUGCCAAAACAUGGGGAACUAUUAAAAGUGCUACAAACACAAUAAAAAAUACUACUCAACACGCAGCUGCACUUGCAACAUCUCAAGUAAAAUCCACAGUAAGUAAACGAAGCAUUGUUAAAGACAAGGAGAGAUUUGAGAAGAGAAUCCUGGAGGAGUUAAAUAAAAUUUUUACCGAAACCGACUCCUUUUAUUUCUGUCAAACUGGUGAUAUCACAAAUAGCUUGCAGAGGCUUUGUGUCACAGACUCACAGUGGAAUGAGGAACAACAGAAUAAACCACUUUGGCAAAGAGUGGAUGAUAGAUUUUUUUGGAAUAAACACAUGUUACAGGAUAUAAUUAAUUUAAAAACAGACAAAGCAAACUCAUGGAUAUUACCAGUUAUUCAGGGAUAUGUGCAAAUAGAGAAGUGUAAAGUAGAAGUGGGCAUCGAUGAACAGCCACACCAUGAAACUUUCAAUUUGGCAAUAAUAUCGAGGAGAAGUAGAUUUCGUGCAGGAACGAGAUAUAAGCGACGUGGUGUGGACGAUGAAGGAAAAUGCGCAAACUAUGUAGAAACAGAGCAAUUAGUUUGGUACCAUGAUCACCAAGUAUCCUUUGUCCAAGUACGAGGCAGUGUACCUGUAUACUGGUCUCAACCUGGCUAUAAAUACAAGCCUCCACCACGAAUAGAUAGAGAUGAAGCAGAAACACAGAUUGCGUUCGAGAAACACUUUACUGAAGAACUAGGGUUGUACGGCCCAAUUUGUAUCAUGAAUCUUGUAGAACAAACUGGCAAGGAGAAGAUAAUUUGGGAAGCCUAUAGUAACCAUGUACUAAAUUAUAAUCAUCCAGAUAUAACAUAUACAACUUUCGAUUUUCAUGAAUAUUGUCGAGGGAUGCAUUUUGAAAAUGUGUCUAUUCUGGUCAGUGCAUUAGCUGCGGUAUUGUCAGACAUAGGGUACUGUUGGCGCGACAAGCAAGGCACAAUAUGCAUGCAGAAAGGAGUGUUUCGGGUGAAUUGCAUAGAUUGUUUAGAUAGAACGAAUGUGGUGCAAACUGCUUUAGGUAAAGCUGUAAUGGAAAUGCAGUUUUCAAAGCUAGGACUAAUACCGCCGGACGGAACGUUACCGACAAAUAUCCGACAAACGUUUCAGUUGCUUUGGGCGAAUAAUGGCGACAUUAUCAGUAAACAAUAUGCCGGUACAAACGCCCUCAAGGGAGAUUACACAAGAACAGGGGAAAGAAAGUUUACCGGUUUAAUGAAAGAUGGCAUGAAUUCUGCGAACAGAUAUUUUCAGCAACACUUUAUGGAUGACAUGCGUCAAGCGGCGAUAGAUACCUUGCUAGGGAACCCUAUCGAUGUUAAUCAACUGAACACCGAUUGGUCGCACUAUUUAGACAUCCUUGACAAUUGCUGCCUUGAGCUAAUACCCGUGAAACCACCAAACAUAGAGCUUCAACUUGCUACUUAUCCUGACAUUCUCUAUGCCAGUGCUAUGUAUGAUUUGGCAAGAUACUAUUUAAAUCGCUUCAAGGAUGUCUAUAGGCAGGCCACUAUCGAUAUGAUGUUAGGAAACUCGGUGAACGAAGAAGUAUUUCAAGAGCGUACAGAAGAAGAAGAUAAUGCUGCUACAGCGAUUCAUGUAAAAUUGCUGAUAGAGGAUUGCAAGAAGCUACUUAUACCCGAUCCAGAAGUUAUUUUAGGCAGUUGGGGUCUCAUAGACGCUGACCCUGUAACUGGUGACUUAACAGAGACAGAAAUGGACACUAUUCUAAUAUUAACACGGGAUAGUUAUUAUGUAGCUGAUUAUGACGAUCAAAUCGACAAAGUCACAAAUUACCAAAGAGUUCCACUCGAAGACAUUAUACUGAUCGAGUUUGGCCAGCCAGAGAGCACUGUCUCCCUUUUUAAAAAUAAGCAUUUCCACUGCAUUAGAAUAAAUUACAAAAUGGCCAACGAGUACGGUUACUUUCACAUGUUCCGCAGUACAAAUUUACGAUUUUUCAAUAACAUGGCUGUUGUUAUAAAGACAGAGGAAGAAAGUAUAGAGUCUUUAAGAUCAAUUUGCGAGGCUAUCUCUGUGGCGAUGGAGAUAGCCGGUUUACCAAAGAUUCCUAUAGCAAUGAACGUCACGUUAGAUAGACGAAAGAGUAAAAUAGUGAAUAACAGGGGAACCACGGGUCUACUGGACAUUUCGUCAUUCCCAGAAUUGACUAGAAAUGUUUCAGAGACACAGUUACUAGCUCUUAAAAGCGCAGGAACGAAAGCUUUAAGCAACAUGACGGAGCAAUUUAGCAAACUAAAUAAGUUAAGUCAUAGCUUUAGCGCUAGGAAACCAAUUGACAUAGCAAGAAGCAUAGGUAGAAGGUCUGAAGCACCUCUGAAACCGACAUUCACCGUUGGGAGUAGAGACAUCUCAGGCAAUGCGCAAGGGAAACGUAGCAGUGGCAGUAGCAGUAGUGACGACGAGGACAUUGACGUUCCUCCUGUUCCUUUCGAAAAGCCAGAAAAUUUCAGUCACAAUAAGAAUCUAAUGGAGGCGUAUACUCCAUCUAUUGGUAUCAUAAUGGGUGUUAAAAACACGGACGUAGUGGAACCUCGUGAGAAUAAUGAAGACCAAGAUUUUUCUAUACGACCUAAUAAAUUCUCUGAACAGACUUCCGAUAAGGAAGUCUUACGCGUGCCAGAAUCUGGCUCUGGUACUAGUACUCUUAGUGCUUCUCCUCAAAAGACGCCUGAAAUAACUAUACAAAAUGUAACUGAGGACAAAGAAAGGAUGCUGCCACCAUUAACAUUGAAUCUGUCCAAAAACAUCAGUCAUUCGACUGGAGAGGUUGAUAGUAAGCUGACACUCAGCAAUAUAAAUGGAAGCAAAUUGCAGACUGAGAAUAGAUUGCAGGAUAAGAAAAGGUCCACAUCUGAGCAAGAUUUAAGUCUAAAUAUUACAUCUUCUCAGAGUGAGUCUGCUUUGAAGUCAAUGAAGACUAACAUAAUAAAUGCAGCGAGUCCUGUGGCAUCUACUUCCAAAGAUAUCUUGUCACCUUUCUCAAAAUUCGCUAAAGGUGUGCAGACUUUAGGGGCAAAUUUGGAUCCUAGAAAGCUAAAGACAGGACAGGUAGGAUUACAGAGAAAUCUCUCAGAUCAUCACGUAGAACAGCAACGAAAAUUGCAAGAGAGAUGGGGUUCAUGUCAAUCCAAGCUAAUAGCUUUAUAACUUUUCGAACAUAGUUCGAAGUCUGAAUGUCUAGUAGCGAGUAAACAAUUAAAACCCACAUAAUUUAGAGACACUUUUGCAUAAAGGAUUUUUAAAUAAUCAUUUUGUUAUUUGUUAGCAUCUUUUAAUUCAGAGAAUCGGUUCGAACAUCUCGGUGCGCGUGUCUAAAUAUUUUCCAUCAUUUCUUAAACCUCAAUUAUUGCCAUCCUGCUAAUAAAAGCUUCGUGCAAAAGAAACAUGAGACGAUUAAUCGAUAAGAUACUCUCUAUAUAUUCUUACGCGUGGAGAAACUCACAAAUUACUUUCCAGAGUACAAUGUGGUCAAUAUUUAAUCUGCAUCAAAUCUAUUUGUGCGUAUCUACUUACAAACAAAUUUUCUAUUACUCUACAUCGAUGAAAGCCUACACGAACUGAUUGUUACCUAUUUUCAAUAUGCUUCCGGCGUAUUUAUACGAAAUUUUCAUCGCGAUAGCCUUUUUAUGGAUUUUACCAAACGACUCCUAGUAUUGCAUUUAGACAUUAGAGAUUGUGAAUUUAUCAAAAAAAAAAAAAAAAAAAAAAAAAGAAAAGGAAAAGAAAAAAGAAGAAGAAAAAAGGAAAAGACACGUACGUGCUUAUACAAUGAAAUUUAAUCCCAGCAUUCUUUGAAGCCUUAACGCCUGCUGCAUAAACAAAUUUUUUAAUGGUUUUAUUUAUUUGUAAUAUAUGUCGUAGACUUUCCGUUUUCUAAAUUUCUGUAGCCACGUGUGCAAACGACGUUUGUGUGAUGACUUGUAAACAUUCGUAAACCGAAAAUCUGUUUAUGCAGUAAGUUAAAUGAAGAAGCUUUGUAGUCAAUUAUGUACAUAUAUACGAAAAAUUACUUAACAUUAGCAGUUUAAUGAAACAACGUUGUGAUUGCUGAUUAAAAUGUAACAGCAAGAUGAAUUUGGGAAAGACGUUUUGAUGUGCAAAAACCUAGUAAUUAUUAAUUAUUAUAAAGUCUAGACGUAGACAUUCGACGAUAACAGUGGGUAAACUCUUACAAUUCCAAAUAUGAUUAAGUUCAAGAAUUAUUUUGGAUAUAGAAAGGAAAGGAAAAGUGCUUUGUUGGCGAUCCACUUUUUUCUGUAUAUAAUUUCAUAACAAUUGAAACAUACAAGUCGUUCCAGAAAAAAGGAACAAUCAUAGUAUUCAUAUACAUGCACAUUUGCAGUAUUAUGUAUAUUACAUUUAAUAAAUAAUAGGAAGGAGAGUUGCAUAUAUAUGGAUAUGUAGACGAUAAAGCAAAAGCAGGUACACGUUGUUAUUUAAUACUAAUCUAUGUACGAUGAUUUAUAUAUAUAUAUAUAUAUAUAUAUAUAUACAGGGUGGUUGGUAACUGGUAGUACAAGCGGAAAGGGGGUGAUUCUAGGCGAAAAAAGAAGUCGAAAAUAUAGAAUAAAAAAAAUUUUUUUUUUAAUUUUUCCAUAGAGACAACGAUUUACAGUGAGAUCCGUUAUAACGUACCGCAUGCGUACCGAGCGAAAAUUCACAGUCGAUUUUCUCGAAAACAAAGCCUCAAACGAAAAAUUUUUAUUCUAUAUUUUCGACUUCUUUUUUCGCGUAGAAUCACCCCCUUUCCGCUUGUACCAACAGUUACCAACCACCCUGUAUAUAUAUAAUAUAUGUAUAUAUAGACCAAAUAACACGAGUUACAAAUCUAGGUGGCUAUUUCCUUGUGUGUACAUACGAAUAAUUCAAUUUAGUGUAAUAAUAUUCUGUAAACAUGUAUUCAUAGUUGCACUGACACGUUAGUAGAAGUAUUACAAGGUAAGAGUUUUUUUAGUGAAUGUUUUUUCCCAACUGCAAACGGAUAGUCUGUGAUAUAUAAUCUAGCAGAAUGAACACAGCCUAAAAUGAUUAGAAGAAAGAAAGGAAAAAGGGAAAGAAAAGAAAAACAAAAAGAAAAUCGUGAAAAUAUAAGGAUGUGUCGAUUCUGUAGAUUCUUUAGAGAUGCUUUAAAACGAAUAUAAAAGACAAAACUGUUUUCACUUGUUCUAACAAAAUUCAAUAUACGAAUCUUAUUCUGAUUUAUUAAUUCUAUGUAUAUAUACAUAGACCAGCUUAUUUUUAAUAUAAUUUUAACGAUCCACGAGAUAUUUAUUUAUCGAUACAGUAUUAGAAAGAAAAGAAUUACUGAUGGAAAUGGAAAAUUUAUAUAUUUUUUUGUUCCAUUUUUCGUAUUAAUACGUAUAUACCUAUGGUCCAAUUGAAAUUAGACAUUCAAAUAUUGUAAUAUAAUAUAUUAUUAUCUGUAUUUUUAUGACAGGACAUUACAAACAAUCAUGACAAAACAACGCACGAAGAUAUUUAUAUAGCCUGUAGAGGCUUAAAUUGCCUUAUGUAUAUGUAAUACAUACAUAUAAACGUAUACAGAAUAUUUUGUUUGACUAAAAAGGGUAGAAUGUCUCACGAAGGAUUAAAGUUAUCAAAAAAUUGUUUUAGCAAAAAUGGGCAUUCUAUGGUGCAAAUUACAUUUUUGCAUGUGGACUAGUGGAGUAGUUCAUUAUUUUAAAUGGAACCGUGUAUUUCAUAAUAUAUUAAUCGAUCCAUCUCGGAAUUUCCUAUAAGAAAAGUAUUAGCUUACUUACAUUGGAAAACUAUUAAUUUAUAAGAUGUUUAUGGAUGUUGACUUUAAUUUGUAAAAAUUAACGUAUGAGAGACAAGGAGAAACAAAAUACCUUUUUAUAAGGAAUGUCGAGAUUAAUGUAUUAUUAAAAAAUAUAUAGUUCCAUUUAAAACAGUGAAGUUGACUUUAAAAUCUUCCGUAUUACUCGAUGUGCAAAAGAUAAUCUAGACCACAUGCUGUCCCCCCUUCGAAGCAAGUAACCUUUGUCAAAACAUUUUUUUGAUAACUUUAACCUCUCGUGAGAUAUUCUACCAUUUUCGGUUAAACGAAACAGCCUGUAUGUGUGUGCGUGUAUGUGAUACAGCAAACACCAUAGCAAUUGUAGAAAAAAUGUUAUAAUAAAAUAUAAAUAACUCGAA